CCCCCGUCACCGAAUAAAGUGGGGAGCUUUCGACGUGUCCGCCCCUCAUCCUUCAUGUUCCUCUCAACUGCAGCGCCGAUCAGGGGGAAACGCGGCUGUACCCCAAAGGCCCACCGCGAUCGGCCGAUGGCCCCAAUGUUGAGACCUGCAAACCUGCGAUCCGCCAUGUUUUCCAACUUUCUGCGAUCGAUUGUUCCCGUCGGCACGUGAGAGCGGAGAACGAAGCAGGCACACCCCACCGGCUGCCAGUGGACGAAUUCGGUCUAGAUGGUGGCCCUAAUCUUUAGGCGGUCCUGGAUUUCUCCCCGUGCUGAUUGACGUGACGUACAUAGAAGGCUUUGGACCGUAUGAAGCUCAUGCGAUACAGUCCAGCAAAAAGAAUUGGGUGCACGGUAGACGAAAUACUCGAUUGAUAUCCGUGUUACUUCAUCAUACAACCCCCAGAACGAAACAUGCCAACAUUUGGGCGAGGCGGUGCGGGGAACAUCCUCACGAAUACGCAGCUGGACGAGGCGAACGUGAGGCUCGAGCAGGACCUCGAGGCGAACAAGAAGAAUGUCGAUCUAAGACCUGAGGAUGUCAUGACGAGGCGGGCACCGGCAGAUUAUGCUUCAUCAGGCAGAGGAGGAGCGGGCAACAUGGUCACUCCCACAGCUCUCCAGACGUCUCCAAGCGCCGACCCAUCCGUCCGCCCUCCAUCGCCACCCCCACCAACCCCUUCAACAGGUACAUCCGUCCCAACCACGGACUUCCCAGCCAUCCCAUCUCACGCCACGAGACAUCCAUCAUCGCCGGCUCCGAUGGUCGGCCUGACAACUGGGCGAGGUGGGGCCGGCAACAUGGCGUACGCGUCGCAAUUCAACAAGGAGAGCGAGGAGGCGAAGAAGAAGCAGGACGAGCAGGAGGCGGGCAGGGUGAGGGAGAGGGUGGUGAAGGAUGUGGAGAUGGGCUUACAACCGCCGGGGCGAGCGGUUUUAGGCGGGGAGAAGGCCGGAAGGGGAUGGUGAAAUCGGGGUUAGAACAUCACGCUUCUCAUGAUGCUACGGGAAAGGUUGGAUGAGGUGAAGUCGGCUUUUGAUUUUGAAUCGCGGGGAUUCAGCUACCUCGCCUGAUGCUAUAUAGAUUCAAGUGCAAUCUAUCUCGCCAUAGGACGUGGGAUUGAGACCUAUCGGUCGCUAUGACAUUGGCUCAAGUAGUGUUGGUAGUCUACUGCUCGGUCUGGAAGUAGUUGAGCAGGACGGAUCGUUCCUGAGAUUCCUCACCCCAGUCCUUGACGACGACGCAAGAGCAGUUCACGACCUUCCUCGCAUUGCCCUCACGGUCAAUCUGG